UAUUCUAGUUUGAAGUGUCGUGUAAAUAAAACAUUGAUUGUUGUGAAUCCGAUCGCUGCUGGCAGUUCGUGCAAAGCCUUCGUCGUGCUAGGCUGUAUGCGUUCCAGACCUGUGUCAAACAGUGUGUUUUUUAAAAUGAAUUUCUUAAUAACGAGAAUAACAUGGAUGAAUGGGACGAGGAUAAAUCAAUAUUUUUUCGCUACAAUUAUCACCAUCCCGCUGCUAAGCUUCGGCAUGGUACAAGGCUGGUUGUCCCCCAUGAUAUCAGUCCUACAAUCAGCCGAUGGACCGUCUCCGGAGCCCUAUACCAGCUCCGACAUAUCCUGGAUGGCUUCAGUCACAUAUAUCACGGCCAUCAUCUUCGGAGCUCCCAUGGGGUAUCUGACUGACCGGUUUGGGAGGAAACUUAUGACGCUCGUCACAACGCUGUCGUUAAUUAUCUACUGGCAGAUCAAGCUCCUUUGCCUGGAACCCUGGGCCCUGAUCUUAGCUCGUGCAGUGGCUGGCAUACCUUGCUCGUCAUGCUACAUAGUCCUGCCUAUCUACUUGAAGGAGAUCAGCGAUAUUGACCUGAGAGGAGCCCUGGGAUCUUUGCUGAUUUUAAAUAGAAACAUCGGCUACUUAAUGAGCUACAUCUGCGCAGACGUGCUGAGCGUGAACACCAUGCUGUGGCUAGGCCUGCUGGUGCCUACCGUCACGUUCUUCAUCUUCCUCGCCAUGCCGGAGACUCCUGAGUACCUUGUGAAACAGGGGAAAGUUGAUGAAGCUAAGACCGUGCUAGCAUGGCUUCGAGGAGUGAACGUAGUAGAUCGAGGAGUUGAACAGGAUAUCGAGAGCAUCGUCCGGGUUGAGAAGCAGACGCAGGCCGACUCGCAGUCCGUUUGGAAAAUUAUAAUGCAAGACAAGCCAACAUUCAAGGCCUUCAUCAUCACUCUCAUCAUCAAAAUCACACAACAAUUCGAUGGCUACCUGAUAGUGCUGAUCUUCGCUGGCGUGGUCUUCGAGAGGGCCUCAGAGUCCAUCAGCCUCAAGCUGAGUCCCAACAAGCAGGUCAUGAUGAUAGGAGUCGUUCAGUUGCUGGGGUCUAUCGUCGCUACUUGUAUUGUUGAGAAGACUGGUAGAAAGCUUCUUCUAGUAACAACAUCCUUCGCGGUCGGCGUGGGUAUGCUGAUCCUGUCAGCUUGGUUCUACAUGACGUCAUCAGGCAUGUGGCUGCCGGGCUGGCUGCCGGUCCUCGCCAUGUGUAUGUGCAUCUUCGCUGAUGCUGCAGGGUUCCAGCCUAUAUCGUAUAUUAUUAUUACGGAUCUUUUUACUUUCCAGCUCCGCGGCACAGUAUCAGCAUUCGCGAACGUCUGUGCAAAAAUGAGCAACUUCGUUCAAACGAAAUGGUUCACCAUCCUCUGCGAACUCAUCGGCAUCCACUGGACCUUCCUAUUCUUCGCUGCCGUCUGCUUUAUAGCUUGCUUCUACAGCGUCAUCUACUUCCCUGAGACCAGGCAGAAGACCAUUGAUGAAAUAUACUCCAAGCUCUCAGGUAAGGCGAAGAAGGAUGAUAGUAGGAUUGAAUCAGUUCCUUAGUAGUAGCUUUAGAUGUUUCGUGUAGUUUUGCCUUUGGUUGUCCAAAAGCAGCUCAGUGUAGACUGUAGUUGUUUUUAUAUGCAGAUUGAAAGGAAAUUGAGAAAAGGAUAAGUCCCUGUCGUCUAGUAAAUCGAUCUCUUUCUCUGGGUCUUCUGCAUUAAUAUUUGUGUCAUAAUGAGUUUACAUUAUGACAGUACUUCCAAAUUGCCAAAAUUUUCUCAUAAUGUGGUUUUAUCGAUCUUUCUAAUAUGGAACCAUAUUGUGAUCCACUUUUAUUAAGUUUUCUCUGGGAUUAUCAAAAAUUAAAGGCCCAAAAUAUACUGUAGUAAUGGGUCCAAAAUAAUCUUUGGCUAAUAAAGAAUCUUAGAAAUGGUGCCUUAGAAUCCGUCCAGUGUUUUUAAAUAUAAACCCAAAAGACGAAAUGUCUAUGGAAGUUUUUUGUUUUAAUUAAUUGUUGUGAUUUUGUAAUGAAUUUAUUUAUAUUGUGUAUUCUAAUUAUAAUUGUAUUAAGGUCUUUGUAUGUGUGUCUGUGUGUAAGUGUUAUUAUAUUUCUUGAAUACACUGAGUGUAUUCAGUAGGUAUGUUUGUUUGUGUGUUCGAUCGUAUUGAAUAUCUUCUAGUGUCAUUAUUAGUAAUUAAGACACUUUGUGUGUGUCCAGCAAGAAUGAUUAUUCAAAACUUAAAAUGUCUCAAAUAAGUCUAUUUAAGUCUUCGUAAGGCCAUUCCGCGUUCGCUUUUAAUCCAUGACAGUUGGUUUAGUAUUGUUUGUUUGCUUGGUCAUCAUUUGCUUCUUGUGUGUUUUCCAUUUAUUCGUCAGUAACAGCUGAACUUACAAUAGCUUCUUCAUCGUCCACUUCUGCUAAAAUAUGGUCUUCAAAGCCACCUCCUAAGUUUGAAUCCUCAAAAUUAAAUGCAGCGUCUUUUGAUUGAAUAUUAUUAUAAUCAACAAACUGCUCACUAAAGUAAAAAUGCAGUUCGUGUAUUAAAUAUUGGUCCUUGAUUUUAGCUGUUGGUACGGCAAAACAACCUUGUUUUGUAAGUCCUAAUUAAGUUAUUCACAUUAAUUAUAGCUAUAACGUCUUCCGUAUUGUAAAAAAUUAAGGACUUUCCAAAUGUCAAUUGAAAGAACAGUACAGAACAGAACAGUGAGUAGUUUCAUGAUGUUCCUCCGUGAUAAAAAAAUCCAAGAAAGGACAGUCAAUUUAUUAAAUAAGCAGGCAGGUCAUAAAACAGUUUUCACUAUUCCUAUUUGGUCAUCCUUUCUGGUUGUAGUACCUACAUUGGAAAUCAGAUAUACGCGAGACAAAUUGAUGUUCUAUAAUUGUUCUGUAAUUAGCGACAUACAAAGUGAUCAUGUUUAAAAAAAUAGAAGGGUGAUCAAAAAUAAUUAUUGUCUUAUUUAAGCAGUUGACUGUCUUUCUUACUGUGUAUAAAAAUUGAUAUUGUUUGAAUAUUUUUAUGUACUUUGAUGAGAUGUGAUGAUGCAUAAUUACAUUGUUAGCAAUUAACAAUUAUUUUUUGUAAAAUAAAUUAAUGAUUUGAAUCAUGUCUAAAUAAUUUUACGAAUACUUGAAUGUCGCAAUCUGCACUAAGAUACCAAUUCUUUGAAAGUAUUGUAUUCGUUAUUUAUUUUCAAUUACAAUUUUCGAUUGAAAAUAAUGUUUAUUAUUUUUACAUUCUUCAUAACAACUGACAUGACCGACCACACACUAUUUUAUUUUUCUGAUCUGACAUUAUUUGAAAUCUAUAAUAUUGCUGGAAAAUUCCGACAGGAGGCGCUGUAUGUAAUGACGUCAAUUUUGCCGUUAAAGCAAAACAAAAACACAAAUUAGUUCUUAACAUUUUCACUAGAUGGCGUUAGUCACUUUAGAAUUAAGUUUGACAGGCUUCUAACAAGAACGCCAGUAUAUUAUGAUGAUGCGUUUUGAAAACGCACAAAUAUAAUUUAAAAAUAAAAUGUAAAUAUGUGAUAAUGAUAAUAAUUUUAAAAUAAUAUAUUGUAAGAUCAAGACUUGUUAUUAAUAAACAGUUAUCAAAUGAG